AUGAUAAUAAGGCAUCAGAGGACUAUAUAAACGUGAACCUCCGACUGCUCCUUGUAUUCACUCCUUCCAGAGGCAUCAAGAUGAAGGGGUUUAUCAUCUGUCUGCUGGUUUCUGCCCUCUGCCUGGACCUUGCUCAGUCCUUUCAAUGCUAUUAUUGCCAGGAGCAAAGUGAAUGCAACGAGGUAAAAGAGUGCCCGCCGGAGUCAAGAGCGUGCAAGAUCACCAUAACCCGUGCAGAUGGAAUACAGAAGGUCUCCAAAGAUUGUGCCCUCAACUGUGAAGACCAAAAUUUCUCAUUCUGCUGCACUUCUGAACGAUGCAACGACUUUAAUAUUCAAUCAAGUGAAGGUGGCCUCUCCAACUCUGCUUCUUCCACAAGUAGUGGCACUGGAAAUGCCGCUGGUAUUUCUGGUGCUGCCACUACUAAUUCCUCCACUGGAAGCUCAUCCAGUAACACCAGUUACCCGAAUACCAUGACCGGCCCCAACAGCAGCUCUGACACUAAUAAUUCCUCUGCUGGUAACUCAGCCAGUGGCACCAGUUACUCUAAUGGUAUGAACGGCCCCAACAGCAGCUCUGCUACUAAUAGUUCCUCCACUGGUAACUCAGCCAGUGGCACCAGUUACUCUAAUGGUAUGAACGACCCCAACAGCAGCUCUGCUACUAAUAGUUCCUCCACUGGUAACUCAGCCAGUGGCACCAGUUACUCUAAUGGUAUGAACGGCUCUGCUACUGAUAGUUCCUCCACUGGUAACUCAGCCAGUGGCACCAGUUACUCUAAUGCUAUGACCGGCCCCAACAGCAACUUGAAUACAGUAAACAACAGUGGGCACGUAUCUAGCUCCAACUCUUCCACUAGUACUUAUAACAACAAUAGCAGCUCAUCCGCGGGUUCAUCUGCCACCAUUUACUCUACCGGUGGAUCAUCUUCUCAUGGUGGAUCAUCUUCUCAUGGUGGAUCAUCUUCUCAUGGUGGAUCAUCUUCUCAUGGUGACUCAUCCAAUUAUGGCUCCUCCCCAUCAAAAAUAAAAGAGCAUUCAAUUAAGUCUAGGAGAUAAAUCAGGAAGAUAUCCAGAGCAAGGGGUCCUGGAAGAUAAAAUUGCACAAUCUACCCAUCAAUAAGGUCACAUACCACCCUAUAUGUUAGUGGCCUCCAACCUGUGGCUCUUGAGUCUUAGGGAAACCAUAACUCCUAGUAUGAUCUGACAGCUACAUGCAUGCUGGGAGUGGUAUUUUGCCAACAGCUGAAGAACCACAGGUUGAAGACCUAGAUGAAUUUUAUUUUUCUUUAGUUGAUGAGAUCAUAUUGCAAUUAGUUCAAGUGGGCAUGUGGUUCUCCCACCCUUAAGAGUAACUGUGACCAUUAUAUCAGUAUACCCCUACGUCUUAAAUGUGUUGACUAAUGAACUAAUUCUGCUUGCAGGGUUCAAUGGGCUGCAUAGUUCCAAUAUGUUGUAUGGGUUUCAUGAGGAGCUGGAUACUGUAGGCACACAACCACUAGUGCUGCCCCAUACAGUAGUGUUGUUGCCUACAUUUUAUGUUUAGUAGUCAGUGCUUACUGUACAUUUUUACAAUAUAAUCUUAUAAAAGCAGUAUAAUUAUAUGCAAUAAACGUAUUGUACUCUC